CUCGCAUGUUUUGCCAUACCUACUGCGAAACCACACACACACAUAUACACACACACACAUACACACACCCUCUUCUUCCUCAUCGACAACCCAUUCACAUUCAACCGAACUCCCAUAGAGGGGUGGGGAGCCCAGCACCGGCCCUCGAGCCCAGCUCGACCUUUUUCCCCCGAUGCUCAUCCACGGGGGGAGGGGGGCGGAUACGAUGACUUCAUGGCCUCGUUUCAACAUGCUCGACGCUGCCCUGUUUGUCGCCGCCUAUGCGCUUCCGCGCUUCUGCCGUCUUAUCGUUUCCCAAUGCGCCAGAGAAAAAGUCUGAGAAUGUGCCCCCCGCCGAAUGGCUAGACCGCAGUCCCGAUGUAUUGGCAAUGCGCUUGUGAUCCGGGAUGCUUCCCCAAACCACCCGAUCCGCCCAAUCAUCGAGCUCCCCAACCCUUUUUUUGGUUUCUUUUUCUUCCCGCAUUUCUGAAUGAUGUGCAAGGGUGAGCUCCUUCGUGUGAGCCACACGACCUCCAACGUCACUCUGACCGAGCUUGCGUGUUCGUCUCCAACGUACAGCACGUCGUCCUCCAAUGAUUCCAGCCACAUCUCGAAAAUCAAAGAUAUGACGUCCAACCUCUCUUACCGCUAUGGUUUGCCUCGUCGUCGUUGCCACCUCCACAGUUCAUUAAGCCGGAGCGUCAUCUCCGUAUCUGCUACCAGCACAACCUUACGCAAUAGUUCCUUCCUCCCUACCCGGCAAGGCUUCUGCCAUGAAUUGAGUUCAUGGGGUGCAGACCGGGAGGAGGGGGGGGGAGAAGGUACCAACACCAUCCACCGAGCGACUUCGAACCUUCUCCGCGUUCUGAGACGGCCGAAAGCAUCAGACCACACCCGCUUAGCUCUGGAAAUGCGGGGAAGCUCGUCGUGUCUGACAGACGAUAAACCUGACAAGUUGACUGUUCCGCGGGGACCUCCGCCAAAAUUGUGUUUCGGAUGGCAUGACGGCUUGAAACUUUGAUAAUGCACCUUCAUGAUCGGGGCUUCGGUUGGUACCGUGUGCCGACUUCACUGCCAGUUUUUUAUCCUUUGGGCCCAGGAUGACGACGCUAUUUGCCGCUCGAGACUCUCGUCCACCCUCGUUCGUAUCAACAAGUUCAUCACAGUAUCCCCUCCCCCCCGUGAAUCAAAGUUUCUUGCGUUUCGGGAGGCGCCCGCCUAGCUCAGUAGAGGUGCAUCACCUUAUCCGGAGCUCGGCUUGGACCCUGGGCUUUUGACAACCUGCAUGCAUGUACCUAUGUCAUUGCUGAUCCUUGUUGCACCUCCAGACAACCUUUGCGCUGGAAUGCAAGCCUGAAGUAUCGGCGAGUCAACUUUGCUACGGUAGUUCACUUUGCAAAUUGGAUUUCUUUCAUAAUUGUCCGCCCGCACUUGUUGAGCCGAUCGUCAAUGGUUGACUUUGCUGUCAAUGUACCUACUCUUCGCUAUCCAAUGACGUGCGGGCCAGAAAUGUCUGGGAGGCCCAGAGCUGGUACUCGUGAUGAUUCAGGUGAGCAAGGGCAUCGUUACUAGCAUCUCAUCUUGUCUCGACUUGCGCCAGUUGCAUGUGCGACCUUCAAGAGAGGCCGCCUUGUAACCGUACCUCAGUCUUGGUAGCGUAUCACGCGGGAGGUAGAUGUCAUCAAGUCAGCUGCUGCAACAUGACACCGCGUCCGAACAUUAUCG